AUGGAGGAUUUUAGAGGUAGCUCGAGCAGUGAUAGUGGGAAGAGUACUAGUUGUCAUAGAGGGCACUGGAGGCCAGCUGAAGAUGAGAAACUCCGGCAACUUGUCGAUCAAUUUGGUCCUCAGAAUUGGAAUUUUAUCGCCGAGCAUCUUCAAGGAAGAUCAGGGAAAAGUUGUAGAUUGAGAUGGUACAACCAACUUGAUCCAAAUAUCAACAAAAGGCCUUUUACAGAAGAAGAGGAAGAAAGGCUCCUAAAAGCUCAUCUGAUUCAAGGAAACAGAUGGGCUUCAAUAGCUAGGCUCUUCCCUGGUAGAACCGACAACGCUGUCAAGAAUCAUUACCAUGUUGUUAUGGCAAGAAGGAAGCGUGAACGCUGCUUGACUGUCCAUGGUAAGAGAAGUAAUUUCCAAGUCCAAUAUCCUAGUGAUCAUCAUCAAUAUCAUCAGUCCAACAGAAAUAGCAGUACUACUCCAGGUAGCAAUUUUGGGUUCUCUAGGCCUCAAGUGUCACUUGAUUAUGGUUCUAAAUUAGGGUUUCAGAAUAAUAUUAUUGAAAGAAAGGAUAGUAACAUACCCAUAUCCUCAUCAAAUUCAUCACCUUCUUGGACUAACAUUAGUGCUUCAACCAUCACAAAUGACUCAUUAAGUUUUGAUGUCUUUGAUGCAAAAAGAAAGGAUUAUACUCAAUAUUCAAGUUCUGCUUCAAUACGUCCUAAAGAGGGACCACUUGCUUUGAAUGAAUCUCUGCACCGUACUUACCUUCCUGGUUCGACCAUUUAUGGUGGUAAUGGCUACCAAAAUGUUGUCGGACAACAGAUCCCUAAUGCUAAGAGAGUUGUCCCUAACAAUCCUUUUGCUUUCACAAGUUAUGCUGAUGGUUAUGGAAGCAAUAAAGAAAAGAUUAUGAAAAGCCAGUUAGGGAGACUCCAAAGCGAUAAUCAUGACUCAGCUGCUGCAUUAUGGAAAUUCCCGAUGGCUUCUCAGCAAGAUCGGCAAGGAGAUCAUGGAGGUCAAAUUAAGAACAAGGAUGUUGCCUUUAUAGACUUUCUUGGUGUGGGAAUCUCUUAA